UUAAGCAUUUGAACCGCCUUAAAUAUUACUUUGAAACUGAGAGUAAUCACUUUAACUUGUUAAAACCAGUUAAGUCACACAAUUUUCUAUGUAAAUUUAUUCUAAAAGGAAAUUUCCUUAGUUAAUAUCCACAAGAAUUGCAUUACUCACCCACUUAAUUCGGCGAACCAUUCGCUAAAGUUCAAACAUCAACAAACUCGUAAAAUGUGCAUUCUUAUCGCCGCGCUGUCUACUGUAUAACCUGUGGCUAUCUAAUCAACAUAUGUACCUUUUUUUUUGUGUGUUACUGACCUUCAUGGAAAAAAUUCACGCAAUCUUACGCUGCAAAUUUGAAAAAAUCAGGACAAAGAAGUCGAUGAUGACUGAUAACGGUAGCAAAAUGCAGUAGGUCAUCAUCUAUCGUUGUUAUCUGAAACGAUCGCGCGUAUAUAAAUGAAUGCAAGCUUAGUAGAAAGACAUUAAUUUACAAGUUAAAACCAGAAAAGGAAGUAAAAUGUUGCGCAUUAUUUCAAUAAUAUUGAUUUAUGAGCUUAUUACAGCUCAAGGGAAUUCUCCAAAGCUUUACACGUCACCCGAAAUGAAUCCGUUCGUAGUUGGCGGAAACGAUGUCAAAAUAGAAAACUAUCCGUUUGUCGUUGCUUGUUACAAUUAUGGAUAUUUUACAUGCGGGGGUAGUAUUGUUAGCAAGAAUUAUGUUCUAACUGCAGGACAUUGCACUGUUGAUGAUAUUCAGUACAAUGUAACAGAACGUCAGGAAUACGGUCCCAAUAUGAUUGCUGUCGCUAAAAAUAUCAGACAUCCUAAUUAUCAGGACUAUCGAAAGUAUGAUGUCCAAUUGUUGCUGUUAGCGGAAGACAUUCCCAUUGGCGAACCUGGUAUUGUUGCAGUGCCUGUUAAAUUUCCGCGACCCUAUUACGAAGUAAAAGGAGAUUCAUAUGUAACUGGAGCUCAGGUGCUUGGAUGGGGAUAUACCGAAGAUUACAUUAUACCCUACAAGUUACAAUGUGGAAAAUAUUACGUUGUCAAUAAUACAUAUUGCGAAUGGCUUCAUCAAGGAGUGGCAAAUGUCUAUGAUUCAAAUUGUUGUAAUGGCGUAAUAGGUGGCGGUAUUGCCGAUUGCAAUGGUGAUUCGGGCGGCCCAAUUGUGCUAGAUGUCAACGGACAACUUGUGCAAUACUGCAUCGUAUCGUGGAGCGUAAAGCCUUGCGAAAAUCCAACCUACCCAGCAGUCGGUACAAAGACCUCGCAUUAUGUUGAAUGGAUUUCCCAAGAAACAAACAUACCUAUAGAUGAAUUAACGGUGGACAUCGAGACAGUUGCGUUUCAUUAAUAAAGAGAAAAAAAGCACGUAAU